AUGAGCACAUCAAGCGGGAGGCCGCGGGGCCAUCAGGAGCCGAUGGGGUCAGCAUACCUACCGUCAAAGAAGUCGCGCCUAAUGAGCGAAAAUCGAGUCUCAAAGAUUAACCGGUUGUAUGAGGAUGUGCAGAAACGCAAAAGCAGGCCAGGCGCAGAGCAUGCGCAUAGAGACUCAGUGGUUUCAAAUAGCUCGACAAGCGUACUAACAGUCGAAGGAGGGCUGGAAGACGCGACUAUGUUGCAGGGGCUUCUAGAUCGAGGACCAAGGGCAUACGGGGACCUGACGCUGCGACCGCCGGCUGUUCGCCCACUACGACCUCGCACGCUGUCGCCAGGGCGCCUACGAGAGAGCCUGCAGAGUCCCCUAACGUCGGAUGCCGACUCAAUGGCCGACGAGGAGGAGGAUCUGAAGCUGACACCGAAACUGCGGUCGCGCAGGAGCAUCAUUCGCAUGUCUGCAGAGAGCACUCCGUAUCGCUAUGCACUCGAGGAGCGAACGCGACCCACGAACAAGAAAAGCACUACCCGCAUGCAGCUGCGGUCGCAGCUGGGACAACCACUACCGCUGGGCUACAUUGCACACGCAGCGACCCGCCCGCGCGCUGAAGACACCCACCGCGUGGACCUGGAGUCGCGCUUGCGCAAUAUCAUGCAAAAGGACCGCACCUCGUUCGAGAAGCGGUUGCAACAGAUACGACAAGGCUAUCAUGAACUCCCGAUUGGAAUCCAGGACGACGCGCUCAGUCUCCAGAAUAAAACGCGUGAGAGCGAAGCGUCCGAAACAACAAUAUCGUUCCGUGAUAAUACCGGCGUCGUUGCGGAAACCGAAGUCCUCCGUUCCGAGCUCAACAGACACGCACAGAAACUUGACGAGGUUCUCACUCUACUCCGAUCGACCCCCACAAACUCCCACGCUGAGCUUAUCUCGUGGUCUGCAUGCGUCAUCAUCCUACUACUGUGCAACGUAUACGUGUAUUAUUACUUCCCAUGA